AUGGGCGACGCCUCGUCUCCUCCUCCCCCUGGGUCCGCCACCAGGGAUGCAGCCACCUCAGAGCAGUCGUCCUCGACGGUGAUCCCAAUCCGGAUCCUGACACACAACAUCCGCUUCGCGACCGACAAUCCAGACCGGGCAGAGAAACUGUGGCCCGACCGAUUCCCCCACCUGUCCAGCCACUUCAAGUACCACACGCGGCCACACUUCGCGCCGCCCACGACGCUGGUGUGCAUGCAAGAAGUGCUCCACGAACAACUUCUCGACCUCCACCAGAAAACGUUCAACACCUCGAGCUCGAGUGCGAGCGCGAAUGCCACCGCGACACGCUCGGCCAACGACAACGACAACGACUGGACCUACGUCGGAGUCGGCCGCAACGACGGCAAGACCAAAGGCGAAUACAGCCCCAUCUUCUUCCGGCAGUCGGCCUGGAAAUGCAUCCACUUUGAGACCGUCUGGCUGAACGAGACCGGCCAAGUCGGCAAGAAGGGCUGGGACGCCGACUCGGUGCGCAUCCUGACUUGCGCGGUGCUGGAAUCGGUUCCGGCCUCCCAUUCACAUGGCUCACAACAACACCACGCGUCAACCAAGCGAGUCCUCGCGAUGAACACCCACCUCGACAACGAAGGCGAGAUCUCCCGCCGCGAGUCCGCCAAGGUGAUCCUGGCCGUGGCGUCGCGCCUCCGCGCCCGCUUCUCUCCGGGCUUCACAUUCCUAUGCGGCGACCUCAACUCGCGCCCGGACGGCGACGCGUACCAGAUCUUGAACGGCCCGGGGUCCGGCUUCGUCGACGCACGUCGUCUGAUCCCGGACAACGAGGACGGCAAGAUCUACGCCUUCGGCAACGACCUCACGUUCACGGGCUUCCCCGAAGAUCCCGCCGCCACGGGCGCCGAGAGGAUCGACUUCAUCCACCUGGGCGUUCCGCAGGACAUGUCUCUGGACGGACAGGGACAGGAACUAGACGCACAUAACCCCUUCAGAGACAUGGUCCAGUGCUACGGCGUGCUGCCCAAUCGAUUCGACGACCGGGUCUGGUUGAGUGAUCAUCGCGGUGUGGUCGUGGAUGUGCUGGUUCGGUUGUGA